AUGUCAGCACUUUCUCGAUUCGCGAAGCAAUCCAUCAAGCCUGAAGUGAUACCAUUACUGGUUAUUGUUGGUGGGGCCUUGACAGGAGCCGUUUACAUUGGUGUGCACGCUGCCAAGGCACCCGAUGUAGCAUGGGAUCAUAAGGAAAACCCGUAUCCAUGGCAAGAUGUCAAGGAUGGCGAGCAAGUCAAGCUGAUGGCAUUACAACAAAAGUACAAGAACCGAUGGGAGCGAUACAGAUGGUAA